GAACCAUAUUGAGAGGCAUUAGAGCAUUCCCACAAACCCCCAUUCAUACUCCCAAUCUUAAAGAAGAAGAGAGUUACACAAAAUCAAAGAGAGCAAGAAAAAGGAAAAUUGUCCGCAAUAUUAAUUCUAGUUUGUGGGUUACUUGUUCACUUCAUAUCAUGAGCUUCAAUCGUCCAAAAUAGGCGUGUGAGUCCCGACGAAUAGAGUCAUCCUCACACAUAUAUCGUCCAAGUCCUCCAACGAACACAUCUUCUUAAAUCCUCUGGGUUAGGCCCAACCCGGAGCUCAGUGAAUCCAUUGUGCAUGGGUGUUGCAUUGGACAAGCGCGAACCCAAAAGAAUUCAAAAGAGUUAUAGUGAACUUGAGACGGAUUGAAAGGGUGGCCAAUCCGGGGGUGGCACGUAGAUGAGCCAACGGUGGCGUCGAACCAACUCUCGUCGUCUCUUCAGCAUAACUCCGACUAAUCCACUGCGGCGAAACACAAAAACAUCUCCAAAGCUAGCUUACUCCUUACGCUUUUGGCAUCAACCAUGUCCUCCCCUCUGACCACCCCACCUGGCAUUGGCAACCACCCGGGCACUAGUGACUAAUAUAGUCAACCGUCGGCUACUAAUUUCCAUUGAUAAAUUGUCUUCCAAAAAUACAGCCUCCAAAGCUCCAAUUUCGAUUCAUCUAUGGAAAGUUGAUGAUGAUAAUCAAGAUCUCUACCGCCAUGCAAGCGGCGGAACGGCCCUGGGAGACAUAUGUCCGGUCGCCGACAAUGUUUUCAUUCACAACCGGGAAGGUGACGACUUAGAUGCGAUGAAAAUCUGACUUACAUCAAGAUGAAUAAGAUCUCCAUCAGCUCCUUAUCCCUGAAGAGAACCUCUCUUUCACGUGAAUUAAACUUCCAAAAAUAAAACAUUGUUCCCCAAUUGACAUUAAUCAAUUCAAUACUUAUUAAUAAAGAAUGAAUGAGCAGCUAAAACCAUAAAUUUCCCAUUUUGGAGAAUCAAUACCAGCCCAAAAUCAAACACAUGGAAGAUAUACUACGUAAAAUUGAAGAUGCGACGAAGAUGCCGCCAGGGAAUUUCGCCUGGCCAUGCCUAGAAUUCCAAGCUCAUGUUCUUUGACGUCGAUGGACGACGGCGGCACUGCCGCUCCCGGAAUACAAGUUCACUAAGAGCCCGUUUGGAGACCCAUUUUUUCGGCUUAUCAGGCUUUUCAGCCAGCUUUUUCACCAAACACGUAAUUUUUACUUUCGCGUGUUGAAUUGUGUAAUAAGCAGAAAAAGUAAGGUUGGAGUUACUUUUCUGGCUGUAUUGGCUGAAGUUACUGUAGAUGACCAUUUUAGCUAUUUUUACAUGUAAUUUUUUCUUUAUUUUAUUAAUAAAAUAUAUUUUUAAAAUAUUGUUUUCUAGAAUCAGCAGAAUUAGCCAAAACAGCCACUUCAGCCAGAACUUCAUAAAUUUCAGCAGAAACAGCCAAAACAGCCGAUUUUCGUGCUACCAAACGGGCUCUAAAGAUGAUUGUGUUAUUGAUAGUUUGGACUACAUGGAGGACUUCACAAAAGGGAGAUGAAGGCCGGUGGGAUGUGUACUGCUCUGUUUUUAAGAGCUCAGAUGGUUUUCAAGAAGCUUAAGGAUAAAUUUGUAAAAUUAAUUAAUUUGGGCUGUGUUUAGUAAAACACAGGCUGUGUUUAGAAUCACCCUAUAAUAUUGGGUACCCUAUAAUAUUUUGCCGACCACAAAUUACAGGAGCCCAAAUCCUUUAAACCCAAAUCAAUGGGCCUAUGCUCCUGGAACAAAAGUACGCUGCUGAAACAAAACGGUUAAACCCUAAUCCCUCAUAAUCACUUGGCCUGCAAAACUCUUUGACGUAUUGUGUCUUCCGCAUUAAUCAUUAUAUUUUGACGAUUUCCAAUGCACAUAAUUAUGCAUUACACUUUGAAACGUGAAACAGCUUGAUAAUACUUUGGAAACACGGCUAAAGUGUAUUCUUGGAUAAUUAUGCACAGGACCAAAAAGUUUGCAUGGAAAACACGGACAUUGUCCAUGUUUUCUUGUGGCCUGGCGCUGCUAUUCAGGCUUCUAUGCGCCUUUGAUCGUCUUUCCAACAUCUUUGAGAAGGUUGAACUCGUACUUCAAGGCUGCCACUUGCUUCUCACGUUGAUUGAGAUGAAGUUAGAGAACAAGCUAACUAAAUCUCCCUUGGAGUACGUCGCUGUCCUAUCAUCAGCCAUGCUCAUCCACCGCAACUUUUACGGAGGAUCCAAAAUGUGGGAGUUUGUCGAUGCCACACAUUUUUGCCUUCAGAACUUUGCUGCCGGAGUCCACACUGUGUGCUGGCUGAGUGGUGUUAUAGCCCUAUACAAGCAUGUGGACCAUCUUCACAAGAGCGAAUAGGCAUAGAACUGAUAGAAGCAAUAGAUCUUCUAAUGUAUCUUCUUAUCUUUCUCCUACCUAAAGCAACUUUAGGGUUUAUUUGGGAUUCAAGUGAUAGCACUAAUAUGAAUGUGGCCUUCUGCACAUUUCAUAUGUUUUUCUGAUUUUGCCGUGAGAUUUAUGGAUUUAUGCUCUAGUUGGAAAGAUUGGCCAAAAUAUUAAAUAAAUUGAUGAGUCCUAAAAAUUAAAAUAGUAAGAGAGUCGUAUGCAUAUGAAAAACUAGUGGAGUUCUUAAAGGUUGUGCACUUGUGCAAUGAAUGAUGCUGACAUGUGACUGCUCAAUUGGCAAGCCCAAUCAAAUCCUUUUAAAUGUAAUGAAAUAUCGAAUCAUCCACAUCUAUUAUAAAUU